AUGAGGAAAGAGGUCAAGUAUAUCAUUGGAGCGCAUGUAGCGCUAGUGUUGUUUCUCGUUUGGCAAACGUUUGACUUAAUCACUUUGCUCAAUGACGACUCGUUCUCUGAUGCGUUGCUCGAUGGAGAUUUAAACCCUCCUAACGGAGUCUUGGAGAAGCCUGCUAUUAUCCCCAAGAUUAUUCAUCAAACUUACAAGACUGAAAAGAUUCCGGAAGCUUGGCAACCUGGCCAACAAGCGUGUAUUGAUUUACACCCUGACUACAAGUACAUCUUAUGGACCGACGACAUGGCCAGAGAAUUCAUUCUGGAAGAGUACCCAUGGUUCUUGAAAACCUGGGACGGAUACAAGUACCCAAUUGAGAGAGCAGAUGCCAUCCGUUACUUUGCCCUUGUUUACUAUGGUGGUGUUUACAUCGACUUGGACGACGGAUGCGAACGUAGAUUAGACCCAUUACUUACUGUGCCGGCAUUCGUCAGGAAAACCAUCCCCACAGGGAUCUCGAACGACGUUAUGGGUUCUGUUCCUAGACAUCCUUUCUUCUUGAAGGUGUUGGAUUCAUUAGAACGUUAUGACAGGAACUGGCUUGUUCCUUACAUCACCAUUAUGUAUUCGACUGGUCCACUUUUCCUCUCUGUCAUUUGGAAACAAUAUAAGAGAUGGGGAGUUCCAGAAUCUGGUAAAGUUAGGAUUUUACUUCCUCGUGAUUACAAGACUCACACUUACUCCUUUUUUGCAAUUGCUCCAGGUUCGCUGUGGCACAUGGACGAUGCCAAAUUUAUCAAGUCUUUGGCCAAUCACAUUGCGUUGGCAGUCUUCUGUGGAUUUGUCAUUGCCGCUUUGGUUUUUUACUUAGAGUACUUGUUCUACUCAUUCGUGAUUUCGAGCCAUGCUAAGAAAUUGGGUAGGAAGUUGAGAUCAUUUGCAUGCUUCUGGAAUUGGCAGUUGAUUAGGUCCACCACAAAUGCAACCAUAAAGAGGAGAUCAAGAAAGGACUCCAACUUACCUGUUCAAAUUGAUUUAGAGAAGAUUGAAAAUGAACAAGAGGUUCCUUUAAGCGUAGGUGAAAUCGUUUAA